CCCAGCUACGUCAUCGGCGGUGCGGCGUUUGUUCGCGUUGAGCGUUUUUUGGUUUUGUUCGGUAAACGAGCGAAUCAAAAUCAACGAAAUUGGAAUGUACGUUUGCCGUUCCCGUGCGUGGUGCUUUCGUGAAUAUGAAUUUGUGAAUCUACUUAUUCAUGUUUGUGUGAAUUUCUGACUCUACAGUGUGUUGUGGUUCAUAUGAAAUUGGAUAUAAUCACUGAUACAACUCAAACUGACGAUCAAAGGCUGGAAGGAUGCUCAAGUUUAUACGAGGCAAGGGGCAGCAGCCCUCCGCUGAGAGGCAGAAGCUGCAGAAUGAGUUGUUUGCCUUCCGCAAGACAGUCCAGCACGGGUUCCCGAACCGCGCGUCGGCGCUGGCGUGGGACCCCCUGCUGCGGAUCGCCGCCAUCGGCACGGCCACCGGCGCGCUCAAGGUGUACGGCCGGCCCGGGGUCGAGCUGUACGGACAACACACCAACCCCGACUCUGCUGUCACACAGAUUAAAUUUGUCUCUGGCACGGGCCGCCUAGUGUCCCUCUGCGAUGACAACAGCCUGCAUCUGUGGGAGAUCAACGAGAAGUCCCUCGUGGAGCUCAAGACCCUCACCUUCGAGGGCAAGAACAAGAAGAUCAGCGCCGUCUGCAUCGAAUGUUCUGGAGAGCAUCUACUGCUGGGUACAGAGGGAGGGAACAUAUACGCGCUGGACCUCAACACGUUUAGCAUCUCGGAGGAUGUUAUUUACCAGGAUGUUGUUAUGCAGAACUGCCCAGAAGACUUCAAGGUGAACCCUGGCGCGGUGGAGAGCCUCUGCGAACACCCCAAGGUCCCAUCCCGCUUGCUGAUUGGCUACAACCGCGGGCUCGUGGUGCUCUGGGAUAGGACGGCGGCCGCGCCCACUCACACCUUCGUGUCCAAUCAGCAGCUCGAGAGCUUGUGCUGGAAUGAUGAUGGCGACCACUUCACAUCAUCCCACAACGACGGUUCCUACGUGACAUGGGAGGCGGGCGGCGCGGGCGAGCGGGCCCUCAAGGAGCCAGUCACGCCGUACGGGCCUUACCCGUGCAAGGCCAUCAGCAAGCUGCUCAACAGGACUAGCGUUGACGGGGAUCAGAUCACUAUUUAUGCCGGUGGCAUGCCACGCGCGUCGUACUCUGACAAGUACACGGUGACCGUGCAGCAGGGGGACAAGCACGUCGCCUUCGACUUCACCAGUCGAGUGAUAGACUUCUUCACGACGACGCCGGUGCCCCCUGACGGCGCGCCCGCCCCCGAGCAGCGCCCCGACUCGCCCGCCGCCGUGCUCGCCAGCACCGUCAACCAGACCGCCGCUUACCUGGUGGUGCUAGCAGAAGAAGAGUUAGUAGUGAUCGACCUGCGCGACUCCGCCUGGCGUCCCGUGAAACUUCCCUAUCUGGUGUCCAUACACGCGUCCGCCGUCACCACCGCGCAGCUAGUCGACAAUGUCGCCCCGCACCUCACUGACAAUAUUAUUGCUGCAGGCGACCAACAAACAGCAAACCUUUACUCCGACGCGGCCUGGCCCAUAUCCGGCGGCACAGUGGACGAAGAAACCUCCACAGAGGAGGAAGGAGGCCGCCAGUUGUUGCUGACGGGGCACGAGGACGGGUCUGUGAGGUUCUGGGACGUCACCGGCGUGGCUAUGACGCCACUCUACAAGUACACCACCGCUCAGCUUUUCAGUUUCGACGAUUUUAAGACCUACGCAGCAUCAAAACGCGGUGAAGAGAUAGCGGAGAACACAGAGCAGAACGACGAGGAAGAAUGGCCGCCGUUCAAGCGAGUCGGCACCUUCGACCCCUACAGCGACGACCCCAGGCUCGCUGUCAAGAGAGUGAUCCUGUGUCCUCUGACGGGCAUGCUGACGAUCGGCGGCGCGGCCGGCCAGAUCAUCGUGGCCAGCCUCAAGACCAGCGCCAACACCGCUGAGGUCAAGACUCUCUCAGUGAACAUCGUGUCGGACCGCGACGGGUUCGUGUGGAAGGGGCACGACCAGCUGACGCUGCGGCCCGGCCCCUACUCCUUCCAGCAGGGCUACCAUGUAACAUCAGUGACCCAGCUCGUCCCACCGGCCGCCGUCACGUCGCUAGCCGCGGCGUGGGAGUGGGGGCUCGUGUGCGCCGGCACCGCGCACGGCCUGGCGCUCACUGAUGCGACGAGGGCUACCGCGUUGACGCACUUGUGUACGCUGCAGCAUGACCACAGCGGCGCGGGCGACACGCCGAUCUCGCGGCGCAAGUCGUUCAAGAAGUCUUUACGCGAGUCGUUCCGGCGCCUGCGCAAGGGCCGCUCGCAGCGCCGCGCCACCACCGCCGCCAGCCCCACCUCGCCCACACAGCCCCCGAAGAAGCCGCUGGACAAGCCCCUGGAAGACGCGGACGUGAAGCCCGUGGAGCGCGCUAUAGAGGCGAGGUCCACCGACGACGCGUUCGGCUCCAUGGUGCGCUGUCUCUACUUCGCUCGCACGUUCCUCGUCAACUCGCAAACAGCGACCCCAACCCUCUGGGCGGGCACGAACAACGGCGGCGUGUACGCGUUCACGAUCGCCGUGCCCAACACCAACAAGCGGAAAGACGAGUCGCCGACCUGCCAGCUCGCCAAGGAGAUCCAGCUGAAGCACCGAGCCCCGGUCAUAGGCAUCACCGUGCUGGACCCCGACCCUAGCGACAUGGAGCGCGGCACGGCGCCGCUGCCGGAGGCAGGCGCGCCGCGCGUGCUCAUCACCUCGGAGGAGCAGUUCAAGAUCUUCACGCUGCCCUCGCUCAAGCCGCACAACAAGUACAAGCUCACCGCCCAUGAGGGCGCCAGGGUCCGGCGCACCUCCUACUCGUGGUUCUCGUGCGGCCCCGCCUCAUCGCGCCACCGCGAGUGGUGCGUGCUGUGCCUCACCAACCUCGGCGACUGCCUGGUGCUGAGCCCCGACCUGCGCCGCCAGCUCAACGCCGCCGCCGUGCGCAAGGAGGACAUCAACGGCAUUUCAAGCCUGUGCUUCUCGAAGCGCGGCGAGGCGCUGUACCUGCACUCCUCGUCCGAGCUGCAGCGGAUCACGCUCUCCGCCACCAAGGUGACAGUGGCUCGCUGCCACGUGCCGCUGCCGCCGUGGGCCGCGGCGCUGCGAGGACCCACCGAAGAAGCACCACUCACUAACGGAGACGCUAAGGAGGAGACGUCGGAAACAGUGCACGACGUGACGGCGGCGUCGGCGGACAUCACGGUGGACUCGGUGCGCGACCACACCGCCGCGCCACAAGACCAGGGCGAGCUCAACAUCAACUUGCAGAACUCUCAAGUGAACACGAGCUCCAUGGUGGUGAAGACCACGACGCGGACGCAGCUCAACGAGAACGGCGCCGAAACAAACACCACCACCACCACCACCACUUCCGCCACUGAGAACAUCCUAGAACACAGUCGCGAGGAGGGAGUCAUCACGCGUAUCGAGACGGGCACAGUGACGGUGCCGGCCGGGACCGACCCCAAGCUGAUCCUGGAGAUGUUUGACCGCCAGCGCACGCCGCUCGCCGUGCCCGUGCCGCCCGCGCCCGCCCCCACUGAAACACACUAAGGACAACACAGAUAAGAAAGACCACUUUGAUUUAUUUUUUUGUGAUUAAAAAGUUCGAAAUUUGAACGUGGAACGUGUUGGUAGAAUUAAAAAAAUAAAUCAAAGUGCUAUUUUAAAUUCAUCCACCUUAAUUUAAAUAAGUUAAGAUUUAUUUGAUACUGUUUUUGUAUGUACUUCAAAAGAAAUAUUUGGUUACUUAACGUGGACAGCCGAAAAACUGCCACAGUAAAGUUAAAUUACUGAAUAUAGUUAAUGCUUUCUAUUUGUAUAAGGUAUGACAAUAUUAUUAACAGAGCAUCGCGUUUUUAGUUGUAAAUUAUUAAGUAUAUUUAACAUUUUAUCCCCUCCGUUUACAAAAUAUUAUUAAUAUUUUAAGGAAAGCAUUUUGUAUGAAUAGUUUUGCUACUUAAUGUUUUUUUUUAUUAAGUAAUUACAUUUGGAUGUAUUAUUAUUUGAGUAUCCAUUUCAAAUACUACUGAAAAAUAUAACUUUUACAAAACUAACGAAUUGGUUUCGCAUUUAGUUUUUGGGCACCAAUGAGUGAUGAGUAUAUUUCACACUUCACCUUGAAAACAGCGAGCUUAGAGUUUUAAACAAUUAUUUUUAUUUGAGUACAAACAGUUGAAGCCAUACAAGUAAUUUCUAACACCUGCAAUCAAAUUGUGGAUUGUUAACAAAUUAAUUUAGUAAACCAUUUUGUUUAGGUUAAUGUACCGACAUAGAUAGUUAAGUUUUUUAAGACAUUCGUUAUGAAUGUGAUGUGCCUAUUUAUUUUCUUUUUUUAUUAUGUGUAAUAGGUAAUGUACACUUGACAAGUAAAUGAGUAGAAAAUAUUUUUGUAGAAGAUAGUUGAUGCGUUAGCACGGUUUAAAUUUCAAUUUGAAUAAUUAUGAUGUCCAGAGUAAUUCAAAGCACGAUAUGAAAACAUAGGUGAAGAUUAUGACACCUCACCGCGCACUUCUUUUAAACCGAAAUGUAUAAUUCAGUAAAUAAUAAUUGUAAUAAUAAUUGAAUGAAAGUUUUAUGCAAUAUUUUUUAGAUUUUGUUAAGAGAUUUUUAAUUUUAUAUUUACUGUUUUGCUAUUAUAUUUCGUUUAGUCAUUUAAACGACUAUUGCGAUAUUCCGAGCGGCAGCUGCCCGUCGCGUAGCCAUUGCAUCAUCACAAGUUGUGAUAAAAUAUUAUAUGUAAGGGGAUUGAGUUUUGUUACAAUUGUAUUUUAGAUAUUAAGAUAAACGUGCCUGCCUUUUUACUUUAUAUAAAAGAAUAAGCCAUUAUAUAUACCACAGCCGCGUGGCCGAUCGGUACUCCAGUACAUCGAUCGAGACUGCUUUUAAGAAAAUUGUACAAUUUCCUGUUUCUAUCACGACAUUUUAAAAAUAUUUGAUAUAAAAUCGUGAUUUGUAUCCAUAAUUCUUACAUAAAUAAAAGCUAAGAAUAAUAA